AUGCCUCGACUUGCGCUGACCAGGAGACGGGCUGACUUUCAGGUCAUUGCGGAAGCCAGCGGAUCUGUCGAACGGUGCCACUUGGGUAAGUGUGUGCACUUUAAAUUAGGUGUGAUUACGAGCGCCCACACAGCACACAAACACGACAGCAGCAGCAGCAGCAGCCAGACAAAAGCCGGACUGCGCGAGUGCGCCUACUUGAAGAAGGGAGGAAGCAGCUACUAUAAUUACCAAACCGACGGUAUUCCCUUUCCCCCAUCAACUCGCUUCGCGCGCUGA